AUGUUGUGCUCUGGGUUAAGAAAAGAUGGCACUUUCGCAGAGUAUGCCGUUGUCCCGUCGCGGUAUGUCAUUCGCAUUCCCGAGGAUGUGCCUGACGAUCUCGUCGCCCCGAUUCUAUGUGGUGGAGUGACUGCGUACAAAGCCAUCAAGGUCAGUGAGACAGUCCCAGGCCGAUGGAUGGCCAUCUCUGGGGCCGGAGGAGGUGUUGGGGCUUUGGGGAUUCAGUAUGCGAAGGCUAUGGGGUACCGGGUCAUCGCAAUUGACGUCGGAGACGCAAAGAAGGAGUAUUGUCUGAAGCUAGGCGCUGAAGUAUACUAUGACGCCAAAGAACUCGACACGGCAACGGUCAUGGCCCUCACAGGAGAUGGUGCAGCAGCGGUUCUUGUCAUGGCCAACUCGAGCAAGGCAUACCAGGCGGCGCUGGAACUGGUGGCUCCAUACGGGACGUUCGUCUGCGUAGGAAUACCGCCAGAGGAUCAACUGGUAAACUUCCACCCUAUUCUUGGUAUCUCCAAAGGCGUGCGGAUCAUCGGCUCUGCUGUGGGCACCAGAAAGGACAUCUGGGAGGCGAUUGAAUUCGUCCAACGCGGCGCAGUCAAGCCGGCAGUGGAAAUGGCGACUUUGGACGAUUUGUCCGAUAUUGCGAAGAACUUUGGAAAGACUUCUGGCAAAUAUGUCAUCCGGUUAAGCGACGAAGCCAACGGCUCGGUGAAGGCUGGCGCCCCGACAAACGGACAUUGA